GAGAAGGGAACCGCAGCUCGUCUUUUUGAAGUGCAACAGAAAUGGAUGGAGGAAAGCGGCACAGAAGUAACUGCACUAAGCAGGAUCAAACGGCUCAAGCAACGAUGCUAAAAAACGGGAAAUAUAAACGCGAGAGCAGCCCAGAGAGAGUGACUUUAAAAAAAGAAAUCGGACUUGUUAGCGCUUGUGCUAUCAUUAUAGGUAAUAUUAUUGGUUCUGGGAUUUUCAUCUCCCCCAAGGGAGUGUUGGAGCACUCUGGCUCGGUGGGCCUGGCUCUGGUUAUCUGGGUGCUGGGAGGAGGCAUCACAGUUCUCGGAUCGCUGUGCUAUGCAGAACUUGGAGUAACUAUUCCCAAGUCAGGCGGGGACUACUCCUAUGUGACUGAAAUAUUUGGCGGCUUAGUUGGGUUUCUGCUGUUAUGGAGUGCUGUUCUGAUAAUGUACCCCACCAGUCUUGCUGUGAUAUCUCUGACAUUCUCCAACUACGUCCUACAACCAGUGUUCCCGGACUGUAUUGCUCCGUACAACGCCUCUCGAAUCCUUUCAACAGUGUGUGUCUUGUUUUUGACCUGGGUGAAUUGCUCAAGUGUCCGGUGGGCAACCAGGAUUCAGGACGUGUUCACAGCAGGAAAACUCCUGGCUCUCGGCCUUAUCAUCACUGUUGGACUGGUGCAAAUCUGCAAAGGGAACUACAAAUGGCUUGAACCCCAGGCUGCUUUUGAUUUCUGGAAGACCCCCUCUGUGGGGGAGAUAGCACUGGCUUUCCUUCAGGGCUCCUUUGCGUUCAGCGGCUGGAACUUCUUGAAUUACGUGACGGAAGAACUCGUGGAUCCACGUCGGAAUCUACCUCGUGCCAUAUUCAUAUCCAUCCCAUUGGUGACCUUUGUGUACACGUUCACCAAUAUUGCCUAUUUCACUGCCAUGUCACCUGAAGAGCUGCUGUCAUCAAACGCUGUCGCUGUCACCUUUGGUCAGAAACUCCUGGGAGCGAUGUCCUGGAUAAUGCCGAUCUCGGUGGCCCUGUCCACGUUCGGAGGGAUUAAUGGAUAUCUUUUCACCUCUUCCAGAUUGUGUUUCUCUGGAGCCCGCGAGGGUCACAUGCCCAGCUUGCUAGCAAUGAUCCACUUCAAAAACUGCACUCCCAUUCCUGCGCUCCUGGUUUGUUGUACUGCUACCAUUGUCAUCAUGUUUAUCGGAGAGACGUACACACUGAUCAAUUACCUGUCCUUUAUUAACUACCUCUGCUAUGGAGUGACUAUCGCGGGGCUGCUUGUUCUGCGCUGGAGGAAGCCCAAUCUUUUCAGGCCUAUCAAGGUGAAUCUUCUCAUUCCGGUAAUCUACCUUAUAUUCUGGGCCUUCCUGCUGAUCUUCAGCCUGUACUCAGAGCCCGUUGUCUGUGGCAUCGGCCUGGUCAUAAUAUUAACUGGAGUGCCUGUCUACUUCCUGGGAGUGUACUGGAAAAACAAACCAAAGUGUUUAGACAAUUUUAUAGAAUCUAUUACCUAUUCGGGGCAGAAACUGUGUUACGUCGUCUAUCCUCAACAUGUGGAAGCAGAAGAAGAGACACCACUGGACUGCUCACAUAAAUCAGAAGCAUAAACUUCCUCCUUCAGGACACACUUACCUUGUUUACAGUGACAAAUGUAGAAUGUUUAAAAACUAGCCUUGUUUUCAUAUGCAACAACAAAUGUACUUCUCCCAUUUAUAGAAGAGAACUGGUUCUGCAAAACAAGCCCACAAAACCAUUGAGAUCCCCCCGUUUAGUACCGUGCCUUUCCUUCUCAAGGUCGCUAGGCUUUUUAAAACAUUUUUGAUUACUUUUUCAGCCAGUUAUUUCCUGAGGUCAAUUUCAUCAUCGAUGUGAUUCUGGUUUAAAAGGAUAUGCAGCCCAUCUAGCAGCAAAGAGCCUCAAUGAUUGGCUGCUAGCUGUGUCCACCAGUAGGGGGCUUCAGGUGGUUGGUUAAUAAACAGUAGAUGUGAUGAAGCAUUAUAAGGUUACAGGUCAACAAGCAUCUGUGUAUGAGGGAAUAUCGGUGCAAGUAGAAGCGAGCAGACCAAGCCUGAAAGAGUUUAAAAACUGUUUUUUUGGCGUUUUGAUAUAACCUAUACAAAGAUGUUUGCAGUCCCCAAAGCUGUCAUACAAUCCAGCUACAAUACUGUUAAAAAUCAAUAUGGUAUGGUUCAUGUCAAGAAUGGGUUUUCUUUGUGAUCUGUCAUGGCAUACAACAGAAACGUGCGCUCUGAUUUGCUGAAAUUGUCUCUUUACACAUAGGUGCUCAACGGGCUGUUGGUAAGCUACUGGCCCCUGGAGGACAAAGGUCAAACAUGCAGUUGUUCGCUCAAGCUCACCAGGCACCUGGCCAGUAGGGGCCGCUAUAGCAUGGGGAGAUGACUUAGUCCCAGCUGAGUUUUCAUUCUUAACCCAGGGGAGCGCCAGAGCUUCAUGUGGGAUCACCAACACAUAACAACAACUUGGCACAGCCAGGACUGAAACCUGUGCUCCCCAGACUGCAUGACUCACCCUGCGCACCUCACAGCGAGACCUACAUAAGUGAUGGCAGUGCACUGAAGGAAAAAUACUGGAAUUAUUUUAGCUUUGAGAACUUUAAAUAGCUUGAUCAUUUUUAAGAACUGGGUUGUUUUGUUUUUAGAAAUGUAGGCUUAUGCCAGUGGGGUUACAUUGCGAACUGGUUUUUCAGCAAGGUAUGUGAGGUUUUUAUUAUAUGUCAUAUUGUGCCUUAAAGAAAAAAAAAGUUAACCGAUGAUUUUUAAAUUACAAUUUACCUGUUUAAAAUAAUGACCUUCCAUGUAAAAUGAAUGACUGCAUACAUUUGGCAGUAUUUCAGUUUGGUUUGUGUCAACCUGUAUACAUCUCUGCAUCUUAUCCAGAUUGCGGCUAUAUAAUACUAGCAUAAGCUGCCUUUUUCCACACAACAAGCCCAGUGCAUUCCCUGUGUGUUGUGAGCAAUUCAGCAUUUCAUGUAGCUAUUACAUUGGUUAUCCUUUUCUGUCUCAAUAUAUUAUUUGAGAUGUAUGUAUAUAUGUUAAAAUACUUUCAUAAAUCAUUUCUGUAAUGCCCAUGCCCUUCAUUCUUAUGUUGGUUUCAAAAGAAACACAUUUUAAAACACAACAUUUAGUGUUACAAAAAUCGAAAGUUCUUGGUUGCUUGCCUUCCAGAAAAUCGAUUUCACUUCCUGGGUCAUUUCACCUCAGCAGUGUCUUUGGGGUCUUACUGGCUGCAAAGGGGAAGCAGCCAACAGGAAAGAAGGCCCUGAAGAGGUGAAAUGUCCAAGAAAGUGUGAUCUGAAAAACAAGGCCUGCAAAACAGAGGUGUAUUUUGUAGUACUAGAUAUUAUGCUUUAAAAUGAAAAUACAUGUUUAAAAAAAUGAAUAAAUCAUAAUUAUAAAAAAAAACAAAAAAAAAAAAAACUAACAUCUGAGACCGGUUUAGUGCAUAGAUGUGCAAAGUGUGUGGAAUUGUUUUAUACCAUCAUUAUCACUAUGAACUAGUGAAGCAGAUACAUAGGGUCUCUACAGAGGUCACACACACUUUUUAAAAGUUGUUUUUAUUUCAUAUCUUAGUUUUAGAUUCUAAAUAUGAAAGUUUCACGUCCCAGAUUAUACUGUAUUCCUGAAAAUGAUUAAUUAAUUUGUAGUUUACUUUUGUGUAGUUUACUUUUUAAGGAAAAUAAUUUGUAUAUUAAGUAAAAUACUAUAUAAAUGUACUAUAAGACAUUAAAUGUACUAUAAUAGAUAUUGUAGAAAGUCUACUUUCUUAAACUGGCCUCUGAAUUUGCAGGAUAUCCAUUUUUAAUCUGUAUGUUUUUAUAUAUUUUCUUUAAUCAUCAUUUAUUAUCAUUUCAGCACUCAUGAAUACUUGGCUUAUUUAAAACAUCAGUAUGUUUUACCUUUGUGGUAGUCUCUGAGCAAGGUGGAAUGUUAUGCUGGAGGCCAGUACAAAGAUCGCCACCAGUGGUGCUCACGAGUAACAACACUGAUGAGUCCUCCUGGAUUGCAUCUGCUAUUCAUGAUUAUCCUGGGAUUAUACCUAUAAAUAGAAGGUCGAUGUAAUCCAGGGGAUUCCCAUGUGUUCUAAAGUCCCAAAUAUCCAGCUGUGACUUAUCCUGGUUUUUCAUAUAAAAGGACAGAUCUGUAAGAUUGGAAUUUGACUACAAAUGCCAGCCAAAAAUGAUAUUUUCUAUUGAAGUUGUUUCACCUUUAAUAGAAUACCUUAGGGUAUAUGACUAUGUCUGUGGCUACAUUGUUAUUUUUUUCCAUGUGUAUUGAAUUCUAUAUAGACUCAGUUAUGCAGCUGUAUAAAUGUUUCCCACUUUGUAUAAUUUUUUUAAAGAAAUAUCAUCUUUUAAUAUUUAUAACAUUCCAUAAUGCUCAACAACAUACUGAAGACUGAAGUUGUUUAAAGGUGGCACUCGCAUUAAAAUAUGGAUGCAAAGGGUCCCUGAGUGGCUCUCCUGAUAAAAGCACAGCCGUGUGAUGUGCAGGGUGAAUCAUAAAAGCGCCCUGGCUGUGCGAAGUUACCGGUCUUCGCUGGGGAUUCUGAAGGGAGCGUUGCAUUGGUUUUGGCACUACUGUGAGUUAGGCAAAACCGGCAGGAACUUUCUCCUCAUCGCACUACAUCAAACCCUGCUCGCCAGAUGCCCAGCGAGCUCAAAAGUGGAUACCUGCAGGGCUGACGUCCACUCUUGAGUUCCUGGGUGUAAAAAAGGAAGCAGGCUCAGUUGUGGGAUAGGAGGACGCCCACUGAACCUUUAGAGCUGUGUGGGGAAUUGCUGCGGUGAGGGGAAAAAUUUAUUGGACAUUCUAAAUUGGAGAGAAAAUCAUUGGUAAAAUAAUUGGGCACACUAAAUUAAAAUAUAUAUAUUUAAAAUAAUAAUAUACACUACCGGUCAAAAGUUUUAGAACACCUCCAUUUUUCCAGUUUUUAUUGAAAUUUACGCAGUUUAAUGUCUCAAUGUACUCUGAAAUUAAAGCAUAGAACAAAUAAACAAUUUGAGAUAAAAAAGAAAUCAUGGAAUCGUUUUGUUUAACAAAAUUUAAUCUAAAUUUUUGACUCAUCAAAGUAGCCACCUUUUGCAGAUAUAACAGCCGAACACACUCGUGUCAUUCUUUCUACAAUGGAAAUCAAAUAUUGUUCGGAAAGUUCUUCCCAACACUGUUGCAGAAGUUCCCACAAAUGUGUUGCACUUGUAGGUUGCUUUGCUUUCACCCUUCUGUCCAGUUCAUCCCAAACCAGCUCGAUGGGGUUUAAGACUGGAGACUUUGCUGGCCAUUCCAUGAUUUGAAGCCUGCCGUCUUGUUCUUUUCUUCUAAGGUAGUUCUAACAUAGCCUGGAGGUAUGUUUUGGGUCAUUAUCUUGCUGUAGGAUGAACCCCUGACCAACUAGGCGUAUACCAGAGGGUAUUGCAUGGCGCUGCAAAAUGCUGUGGUAGCAGUUUUGGUUCAGGGUGCCACUCACUCUGUGCAAGUCGCCGACUCUGGAUCCAGCAAAAGAGCCCCAGACCAUCACGCUUCCUCCUCCAUGUUUGACAGUUGGUGUCACACACCAAGGAACCAUCCUUUCGUCUACUUGACGGCGUACAAAAACCCUGCGUGAUGAACCGAAGAUUUCAAAUUUUGAUUCAUCGGUCCAUAAGACUUUCUUCCAGUCUUCAGUAGUCCAUUGGUGGUGCUUCAUGGCCCAGGCAAGCCUCUUUUUCUUAUUUUGCCAUCUUAGCAAUGGCUUUCUUACUGCCACUCGACCUGUCAAACCUGCAGCUCGAAGUCUUCUCUUCACAGUUGAAACUGAGACUUGCUUACUUCGACCAGUGUUAAGCUGUGCUUGAAGCUGUUGUCCUGUGAGCCGCCUAUCACGCAAGCUGUUGACUCUCAGAAACUUGUCUUCUGAUUCUGUUGUGGCUUUGGGUCUGCCAGACCUCUUCCUGUCAGAGUUUCCUCCAGUUUCCAAGUGCCUUUUGAUGGUGUAGGAAAAUGUACUCACUGACACCUUGGCUUUCUUUGCAAUUUCUCUAAAGGAAAGACCUACACUUUUAAGGGUUAUAAUGGUCUGUCUGUCUUCCUUUGUUAAUUGCCUUUUUCUCGCCAUUAUGAGAGCAAUAUACUACUUCCUGCAGUACAAUAGUGUCCAAAUAAUGCUUAAGAGGGUGUAAUAACACAGUCUGUUCCAACACUGCUUUUAUACAGACAGAGGGUUUGUAAGUAAUCAACAAAAGUUGGGACACCUGUAGGAAUUGUUAGCAUCAACUUUCAAGGCUUAAUUUACUUCCAUUGCUGCAGAACAGCUGUAAGUUGUUAAACCAUUACUUGUUCCCUGAAAAAGGCCUUUUUGUAUAACUCUGAAAUGUACAUUAUUUUUCAGUUUUUGGUAACCUAAACUUUUUUUUUUAACCUCAGUUUACCGCUUACCUUUGUACCAUUUCAGGUUAUUCACUGGACUUGAACUGCUUAAAUUUCAAUAAAAACUGGAAAAAUGGGGGUGUUCUAAAACUUUUGACCGGUAGUGUAUAUAUAUUCUAUUAAAUAUAUAUAUAUUUCUUUUAAAACGCUGUGAAUGUAGAAGCCGUUAGGCAACUUUCACGCGAUUUGAUUGGCUCUUGUAAUGUUUUAUUUGCAUAUCUCCCUACAACCCAUUUGUUUUUUAAUGUAUUGCUUUAACUCACCUUAACUCGAA